CCCCCCUCCCCCGUCUGAAGGGCUGAAAUUUAUUUCAGAAAGUAUCUCAGCUCGCCGAAGUCUCGACGCUCCGUGUCUCUGUAGCAGCUGAAACUGAAAGAGGAUCUGAAAGAGCGCAAAGGUGGACCCGUACACAAUGCCCAUGUACAAGGGGAAGCGUCGCAAUAACCGAUACAUAAACAUGGCAGGCGAACCCAAGCCAUACAGGCCCAAAGCCGGUUCUAAACGGCCGCUCUCAGCUGUUUAUAGUGGUUAUGAAUUUGAUUACGAGUACUACAGGGAUGAUUUUUACACCAGGCUUUUUGACUACCAUGGCAGAGUGCCCCCCCCACCAAGAGCCGUGAUCCCUGUCAAACGCUCCAGGGUGCUCGCGCCCUCCUCCCGCCGCGGGAAGACCUCCUUCCCUAUCAAAACAUCCUCCUCUUCCUCCUCUUCAUCCUCCAGACCUCCCUCAUCCGGGCUCAAACCAGUGAAGACGGACCAGCUUCAGACUAUUAAACGGGAGCUCACUCAGAUCAAGUUGAAGAUCGACUCUUUGCUGGGACGCCUGGAGAAGAUCGAGAAGCAGCAGAGAGCCGAGUCAGAAGCUCAGAGAAAGUACGAGGACAACUGUGAUUCCCUGCAUGAGGAGUCUGUGUCCGAGACGGCCGAAAACUCGGUGGAGGAGGUUGGCGAGGGGGUGCUGGACGUGGAGGCAGGAGAGAUGACCGAUGGCGGCGAGGACGACUACGACGAGGAGGGCAGCCACCAUCUGAUAGAGAACCAUGUAUCGGAUGUUGACAACUGAGAUCAGGAUGAGGCAGCAGACACCCCCGGUCGGUGGUAUUAGAAUUCAUCAUCACCUUCAAGAGACAGAACAGGAUCUCUGAGGAUCAAGACUUUCAUUCUGGACUGUAAGUUGUGUUCAAGUGAUGCUGAAUCACAUUUAGAUGCCCAACUGUGAAGCACAAACCAAAUGUGAUGUGCUCUCUAAAGAAAUGUAUUCAAGACCCAUUUUAAGUCAUUAGCCUGAGUUCACCUCAUGGAUAUUCUCCUGUGCAACUUAUUUAUUCAUUGCAAGAGGCUAACCACAUCAUGCGCUAAUCCUGUUCCUGAAAAAAAUAAAAAAGAAGGGAAUGAAAUGAACGCUUUUAUUCAGAUCAAUACAUUGAAUUACAUGCAUUUUUUACAUGUGUUUGCAAUGUACAAUUUACAAUGUUUUUCAAUGAAUUUAUGUUGUUGCUCAAAAAUGAAAUGACUAAAAAACAGAACAAUCUGCGAUCGCAGUAUGAUAUUCACAAAAUGUAACAUCGGUGCCGUCUGGUUCGGAUUUGACUCAAGCAUAAGCCAGUAGCUGUCAGCACAACUUUAUCCAGCUUUAUCCAUUUAUCACACAAAUGCCCUGUGGGGCCGUUCCAUCAUAUAUUCAAACACCUGCCAAGUUUCAGAAGCAGAAAGGGCUUCCUGUGGUAGAGAGCCAACAUUGGCACAGGCCUCCUGCCAGGGAGCAGUGCUCCAACGUCGCUACUCCCUGCUCAGCCUGUGUAUCCCAACAUGCAAUGCUGCUGUUCAGGAGCCAACGCCCUUUCUCUUUCUCCUCUACUAUCUGCCUCUGGAUUCUGCAUUGAUUCUGUCUUAUGUAGGCAAGAGAGCGAGGCAAGGUUUUUUAAAUUAUAUAUUGAGAUGCCUUGAUUUUAUCUAAGGAUGUGAUUCAGAUUGCUUACAUUUCUAAAUAAAUAUGGAAUAAUCUGACAUGACACAAUGGCUAAUGCUGCCUUAACACAACUUAAAUAACGUAUUACUCUUUUAAUAAGUUACCCAUAAAAGUCAAUAAAGUGUAGUGCAAACUUUGGUCAGAUGAAGCUGAACUAGCCAGCAUUGGAUUUUUAAUUAACCUGAUUAUAAAUGCAUUGCAAAGUGAAUCAACCAGUGACUGGAUGUCAGCAUGUUCUACUGUUAAUUAUUCACUUCAUGUUUGCCCAUUUUCCCCCGAAUAUGUAACGAAAUAAAUUCACUCCAAACAAUGACACAGGUA